AUGACCGACCUUCCCUUCCCUGGUGGAGCUUCUCGAGCUCCAACAUACGGCAUCUCCUCCGGUCCCCGCCGCUCUUCCUACGCCUCCGUCGUCUCAGGCACUGCAUUCUCACCUCCAACUCCAAUCACCAGCUCAUUCCCUCAUAUCUUCAAUACGAAUCCAGUCUCGUCGUAUCCCCCCUCCCAGCCCGACGGUCGUCUCCCCCGGGCCUUGUCCGGCCUGGAUGCCGCAGACAUGCACUUGAACUCCGCCUGGCGGACCUCCGGGUCCCCAGAUUCCCUGCCAGCAUACUCGCGCAAGUAUGCUGGCUAUCUGCGCCCAUCCGAGUUUCCGCAUGGCCUGGGUCUUCUCGAUGGCCCCUCGUUCUUUACCCCGUCCUACCUCCGCGACUCCCACUACAUCUCCCGCCUCGACGCCGCUCAUCGAGCCAAGCUCGCUGCUCAACAGCGUGAUGUCUCUUCAUCUACGUCUGCCUCCGGUCCGGCCCUCUCUGCAUCCUCGAGCCAUGUGCAUCUCCCCCGCUUGGCCCCGUCUCAUCAUCGAGGUGUGGCAUAUGAGGUUAGCGAGAAAGAGCCCCCCGCUGUGACGAGUGAUCAGGUCAGUCCGCUCCCCACGCAGUGGAGUUCUUCGGACAAAUAUGCCGGGCUGGAACUCUCGAAUGAUGGAUUGGAUGUGCGAUACACGGGGCCGGUGCAUAAACAUGAUCAUGAGGCGGCGGCUUUGCGGGCGGAUCAUCCUAUGCCGCCACAGUGCGGCAUAUACUACUUUGAGAUUAAGAUCGAGUCCAAACCGAAGGAAGGGAUGAUCGGUAUUGGAUUCUCGAGUCCCAAAGCUUCGGUCGAGCGGCUCCCUGGCUGGGAACAGGAAUCAUGGGCCUACCACGGUGAUGAUGGAAAGUCAUUCUUCGGCGAGAGCCAGGGUCAAGGGCGACCGUAUGGACCGACAUUUGGGGUUGGAGAUACUGUGGGUUGUGGGGUAAAUUUCUCCACGGGGUCAGCAUUCUUCACCAAGAAUGGGAAUUUUCUAGGAAAUGCCUUUCAUGAAUUGCGUAACGUCAAGCUUUAUCCUUCCGUUGGGAUGAAGAAGCAACCACCCGUCCAUCUCAAAGCGAACUUUGGACAGGAGCCGUUCAUGUUUGAUAUUGAUGGGAUGGUCAAGGCAGAGCGAGCUUCGAUUCAGUCGGAGAUCAAUGCAACAAGCACUGAUAGUCUGCAGCCCCCGCUCAACGAGUCAGCAUUGCUCCAAGAACUGGUAGCCCAAUUCCUGGCACAUGAUGGCUACGUCGAGACAGCUCGAGCCUUUGCCGAAGAAGUCGCCACGGAGACAGCGGCAUUACAAAGUGGUCAACGAGAGCCACUGAAGAAAUACGAAGUCGAAGAAGACCGCGAAGCCAUCAACCGGAACAAAAUCCGUGCCGCAAUUCUAGACGGCGACAUCGACAAAGCCCUCAAACACACAAAAGCCUACUACGCCAACGUCCUCGAAUCAAACCCCCAAAUCCACUUCAAACUCCGCUGCCGCAAAUUCCUCGAAAUGAUGCGCCGCUCCACCGAACUCACCCCGGGUACAUCAUCGAACCCCAAACGCCGUCGCCCAGACUCACCCGGUCUCGGCAUCGCCGACGAGCAUGCCGUAUUUGACCAGGAAAUGGAGUUGGACGAUGGGACCUGGGACGGCGGCGAUGGGAUGGAUACGGAGGAUCAGGAACCAACGUCUGCGGCCCCGUUUAAUGAGGUGCUCACCGAGGCGGUGCAGUAUGGGCAGCAGCUUUGCAUGGAUUAUCCUUCUGAUGAGAAUGGGGGUGAUAGGAAGAUGCUUGAGGAUAUCUUUUCGUUGGUUGCGUAUCCGGAUCCGCUGAAUUCGGUGCAUGGGCAUUAUCUUGAUCCUGCGGGGAGGGUUGCUGUGGCGGAGGAAUUGAAUUCGGCUAUUUUGGUCUCCCUCGGAAAAUCCUCCUCCGCAGCCCUGGAACGACUAUACCAACAAACAGAAGCUCUCGUCAAUGAAAUCAGCGAAGACGGCGGCGCCGGGGCGUUCAUCAAUGUUCGGAAUGACGUUUUGCUUUGA